AUGGAAGCGGAAAUUGAAAGUACGGAUACGUUGCGUGCUGACAAUAACGAAUUGUUUGGUGCCAAACUGUUAACCAGCAACUUUUUGUUGGACAAAUUUGAUAAAGAGUUACCGGAAUCUGUGGUCAAAGAAGAUUUGUUGGUGUUACCGGGCGCGGUACCGCGAAAACAGUUACAGAUUCGAGUGUCGAAAUCGCUAAGUCGUGGUAGACAAUCAAAAACGGCCUAUCCGGGAGGAAAGUCACAACAUGAAAUACCAAUAACUGGCAAAAAUUUGGCAGCAAAAGAUCGUCCGGGUUCUGUUUCUUCUCAACAGACCUUUGUGUUGGAGAAUGACAUCCGAAAACCAUUGAUUAUCAGGAAUGUCUUCCAAUAA